CAUGGCGGGCAUUUGAUAAAUAAAGUGCUUCCAGGAAUAACUUCCUUUAAGAAGAAAGAAAGAAGUAUAAUUAGACUCUAAAAACACUCUGAUUUAAUAACUCGGCGGAUUUCUGCAUCAGGAAAAGAUGAACAGCGUUGCUACAGUCGAUAAACGGAGGCAUUCUUUUCUGUCCGGUUAUAUUCGUCAGCUGAUUUGCGAAUCUUUUGAAGAGCUUGAAGGUGCUGGAAUUAACGCGAUGAAAACGUCUGACUGUGGUUUCACAGCGGGUGGUUAUUUGCAAUGGGAAAAAAUUGGGACAGUUCUUGGGCAAGAUAUAAUAAACGAUCAUGCCAACUGCGAUUAUCAUGAUGCUGUGACAAGGUUACAUCCAGUUUGUUGUGCUGUCCACCAUGAGCUUAUCAGUCUACAGCCACAUGAAUUUGAAACGCAAUACAUGCCUAGUCUUCUUUGGACUGGAUGUGAAAGGAGAUUUGUAGAGUGCUUCGCACUUCUCAAAUCUUCAAACACUGCUGAUUACAACUUGUGCCUGCUGUUGUUGACGUCUUCCUUGGAGCAUGCACUGGGUGAUGUGUAUUUGUCAUACUCUUGUGCUCCCCAGUGUCCUUCUCUACUUAAAGACUUGUUAGCAACACAAGAGCUGAAAGAAGUGUUUGGUGAAACAGUGAUAAGGCUUUUACACAUCUUAAUUGGUCCUCCCUCAAGCCUAAACCUUAGGAAUAUUUUGUGGCAUGGCUUUGCAGGACCUGGAGAAGUUCCUAUUCAGUAUGCCUCACUGCUGCUGGUGAUUACUGCCUCACUGAAUGUCAAGUUAAAAGACCCUCCAUUUUGUUCAAGACAGAUUAAGAGGAGACCUUCAAUUGCCUUGUCAACUUGUGCUAACAAUAAACUUCACAGUAUUUUUCCUGCUUUAGAACCAUGUAACAUGACUGAGAUAUUCAAUUUACUUAAUUCAAGUUUCUUUAUCAUUCCAAAUAUGCUUCCAUUGUGGCUUACAGCACUUGAUUACUUUAAAGAGCAAAGAUUUGAUUUGUGUGUUAUGCUGUUGCUCCCUCAAUUAGAACAUGGUCUAAGGAGAGUAUUUGCUUCCAUAAAUAACUGUCCACACAGAGUUCUAACGGCAGAAUCAACAGUAUUGUAUACAACAUUUGAUGAGAUUCUUGCACCAGUUUUACAAGAUGGCUCAGAAAACCUUUUGAGGCAGGAAUUAGGAGAUGCCCUCAUGGAAAUGUUGCUUGAUGUUCUUGUGCAUUCAGAGGGACCAAGAAUUAGAGACCAUGUCAGCCAUGGUGAAGUGGAUCUGCACAAGAUUUCACAGCAGUUAGCCAAUCACAUUCUGUGCAUUUGUAUAGCAUUUGCUGGAUCAUAUUUUAACUCAGAUACCGGCAAUUUCCCAAUGACCACAAGGAUCUGUGAAGCAACAAAAGUUUACAAGUCCCUUUUUCAUCCUAUAUCCCUCUUAGCAAAGGUUGUACACAAUCUUGCUUUGUCAUUACUGAAGUGGAAAGAUCUACCGAAACCAUCUGGUGAAGAAUGUGAGGAGUUGGAUUGUGAUAGGAACAAAAGUGCUGCUCAUUUUCCAAAUGUGUCAAGAGCCCUCCAAGCUGUUAUUAUGAUAUCAACCAUUUUUACUGAAGAAAGUUUAACUAAAAUCUUACCUUGCCAAUUUGAUUUGGAUAACAUUGACACUUUUUUCCCAAGAUGUUUGCAAAUCUUGGACACUGCCUCAUUUCCUACUCUGUUCAGGUCCAAAGGAGAGCUAGAGAUAGCUAUGUUGUUACAUAGGAUUGUGCAACAUGGAACAGUGACAUUUGAGCAGAUAUGUGAAGUAGCGGCCAUGAGAUACAAACAGUGGAAGAAUAGAGAGCUCCGACAGCGGCAGAGAGCAAAUUAUAAACGUCUGUGGAACCACCUGCCUUUCAUAUGUGCCGUUCUGCAGCUGAUGGUGCUGGUUGUUAUUGAAGAAUUGCAUCAGCUUCCAAGGAGCUUGGAAAAUAGGCAUAAGAGUACAUUCAUCAAAUUCUUAAAGCGAUGUCUUCAAUGCAGUGAAAAUAUGGAGUCGUUAUCCAGUAAAUCUAAAAACAAAUGGGACGAAUGCUGUUCUGUAGGAGAAACUUUUGUGGAUUGUGUGCAAAGUUAUUAUACUGAACUUCGUCAUAAAUUGGAAUCAUGACGACCUUCGAAGCCUGCUUUACAGUAUAUUUAGCAUGUUCAUUCCAAACCUCGAUUACGCACCACCUCGAAUAAACAUCUACCUUUAAGGUAGGAAAAGUUAAUAAGCGCCCAACCUCUAAUAGGCAGCCACCCCUCCCCUAUCUCAAUAAAAAAAAGGAAAAAAACUGAAGUGCACAAGAGGAGUAUUGAUUAUCAUCUCUCUACCGGCUUACAAUCUCUAAAUUCGCUGUAUGGUUCAUCUUCGCGUUUUUUUAUUAUUAAUUGUCUGUUGCUAAAUCAACUAAUUACUAGUGAAAUUAUUGAUAAUUGAAUAUUUACCCGGCCACAAAUAUGUGUCUACCGCGGAUGAGCACCCACUACCAAAGUCCUAGAAACUAGAACACCCAAGGCGCUUAAUCGAAUGAUAACGGUACUUAUGAGACAUUGAAAAAGAGAGUUCAGUGUAUGACAUCUUUGAUUAAUAAAAAAACACUAGCAAUCCCUUA